GAGGGCUCGCCACCGACGCCGAUGCCGAAGACGCACGAGGAGAACGUCGGGGCGUCGCUCUGGGGCUGCAGCACGGCGCAGUCGCCCAUUGAUCCCGAUCUUUUUGAAGGGGCAAUCCGCGAGGUCACUGGCACCCGCGACCGGACGCCCGGGCUGACUGGGAACUUGGCCGAGCUCAGAUUCAGAUUCAUGUCAG